AUGGCUUCCAGCGACAAAGAACAACGGGCCGUUGUUGACCAGCCGUUUACCGCUUUGAGGGUCUUGCCCUCGUCGCAUGAUAGCCAGCUGGAGAGCGCUCAAUUGUCCAGCGGCAAAGAUAGUGAGCAGGCUACCACCAAACAGCCUACAAGUGCUCUGACGACGUCAUUGCCGUCACGCGACGACCGGCAUGAAUCUUUUAUUAUACCCAGUGACGAAGGGGCCACCGUCAGUCAACCGUCUACCACUCUGACGUCAUUUCUAUUGUCACAAAAUGGUCGGCGCCGGGAAGGUUUCAAGAUGUCAGCCACUCGCGGAACUGAGGACGAGCGCUUGGCGAUUCAUAAUGCUUCCGUCAAGCCCACUUACGAACGGACAUCGUCGCUGUCGUCAACGGAAGGUCAUCACGAGGCUGCCCGUACCAGCACCGUCGCAGCGGUCAUGACUGCAGCCUCGGUCGCGGCGGUGGCGCCCACGUCUCCACUGGACCACGUCCUCAUCUGCGGUCACGGCCGGUUUCAGCAGAUCGCCCUGUUCUGCACCGCGCUGGCCUUCUUCACGACCAUCGUACACGCUAUCGGAACGGCAAACCUGGCAAGACCCGUGGACCACUGGUGCAGGCCUACUGUCCAGUACUCCUACAUGGAACCGAACGUCUGGAGGAACAUCAGCAUACCCGUAAUACAGGAAAAAGACGGUACUGAAAGGCAUAGCCAGUGCCAACGCUUCGAGCCUCCACUGCCCUACGCCGAGUCCUCUGCAGGGCUCCCGGACAACCGGAGCACCGUACCGUGCGACGCCGGUUGGCAAUACGCGUCCGGCGCCAGCUCGGCUCACCAGCGGUGCAACGCCAUAUUCGCGGAGUCGCACGGCCACUCCAUCGUCGACGAAUGGGACCUGGUGUGCGGGCGCAGUUGGAUGGUGCCGGCGCUCUCGGCAACGUACGUGGCUGGAGGUGUUGUCGGGGCUCCGCUGGCGGGCAUCGCUGCCGACCGAAUGGGUCGACGUCCCGUGCUAGGCAUCUGGCUCGUGCUGCUCGUAUUCGCCGGCACCGCACUCGUGUUCGCCAACAGCGUGGCGGUGUUCACCACGCUCCGGUUCGUGACAUCCGUGGGUGCCGCUGAAGUGUUGGUGGCCUCGCAGGUGUUGCUCUUCGAGGUGACCGACUCGCAGCACCGCGUCCUCUUCUGCGCCAUCGCCGUCGCAGCAGCCGGGUUCGUCGCAGCUGUCUACACUGAAGUCGUCUACGUCUUCAUCCGGAACUGGCAUGCUGCCCAGGUAGCCUACAUGGUUCCCACGUGUGGUUUGAUGGUCGCGGCUUAUCUAGCAGAGGAGUCGCCCUGCUGGCUCAUGGCCACCUACGAGCUGCGCAACGCCGAGCACGUUCUGUCGCGUGCAGCUGGAGCCAACAGUGUCGAGCCGCCGGUCUUCAGGCGCCGGCUGUCGGCGCUCAGGGACGAGAUGUGCAGGCAGCACUGUCACUCGGUCACUCAGCAGGAACAGGAACGCGCCAACGUCACAGUCACGGACCAGGACGGGGUUCGGCUUUCGGACUUGCUUUCCAACCAGCCCCUGCGCCAGCGGUCGGCCAUAAUCUUCGGCUGCUGGUUCCUGGCGUUUGGAACAUUUGCUCACCUCAGCACGGGUCACAUGAUGCGCACCAGCCAAGGCGCCCGCACCGCCCUCGUGGUCUUGCGUCUGCCCUGCGUCGUGGCGGAUGUCUACGUUCUCACGCGCAAUAGUAGGCGCCUCUGCCUCGUCUUCAGCAUGCUGUCCCUGGCCGUCGUCAUGGGCGCCCUGUCCCUUGCAGUCUCCUUGGACGCCGCUGACCUCGUCGCCGCCGUUCUAGUCACCUUGGCGCUGCUGGUCUUCGACAUGUCAGCCAUCUCGGCGUUCGUCUUGUCCGCGGAACUCUACCCGACCGUGCUUCGUGGGGCUACGUUCGGAGUCUGCUACAUGAGCGGACGUCUCGGGGCCCAAGCGGCGGUGUUCGUCAACGAGAUCCAGUCGCGGCCGCUACGGGGCGUUGCGUACGCUAUCACGGCCGCCAUGUUGCUCCUGUUUGGCACGAUGGCGCUCGCGCUGCCCGAGACCAAGCAUAUGCCGCCUUCGAACGUGGUUCAUGGCAUUAUGGUCAUGGAGGACAAGUGGCAGCUCUAUUGUCCGCUGCGAGUGGCCCGAACCCGAAACAAGCGCCGCCAUUCCAAGACGGCGCUACUGGAGAGCGACCGAAUGCGCCGUCGCAGCUCUUCUUUGCUGCGGGAGCAAGCCGCUUUGGGUCGAGACCCAGCGGCCUAUAAAUGA